AACCUUCUCCAAACAUUUACUCUUGAGGAUCAUUCAAGCAAAACUUACCUGACUUCCAGAGACUCGACUGUUGGACCUUUUUUCUUUUUUGGACGUCUGUGCAAGAAUCUUUCUGAGGAGACAUGGUUGCAGCCGGAUUGCAGAUCCUGGGCAUUGCCCUGUGCAUUAUUGGCUGGGUCGGGGUCAUCGUCACCUGUGCUCUGCCCCAGUGGAAAGUGACGGCCUUCAUCGGUCAGAACAUCGUCACGGCUCAAACCACUUGGGAGGGGAUCUGGAUGACCUGCGUGGUGCAGAGCACGGGCCAGAUGCAGUGCAAGGUGUACGACUCCAUGCUGAACCUCUCCAGGGACCUCCAGGCCGCUCGCGCCCUCAUCAUCGUCGCUAUCUUGUUGGGCGUCUUCGGCAUCCUCCUGUCCAUCGCUGGGGGCAAAUGCACCAACUGCGUGGAGGACGAAACCACCAAGGCCAAAGUUUGCGUUGCGUCAGGUGUGAUCUUCAUCCUUACUGGCGUUUUGUGCCUCAUCCCCGUGUCCUGGACAGCAAACACCGUCAUACAGGACUUCUACAACCCACUGAUGAUGGGCUCCCAGAAGAGGGAGCUGGGAGCGGCACUCUUCAUCGGCUGGGGGGCCGCGGGCCUCCUCAUCAUCGGGGGCGCAUUCCUCUGUGCCAACUGCCCUCCCAAGGAUAACUUCUCCGCCAAGUACAAUGCCCCGCGUUCAUCCGCACCCAGGGACUACGUGUGAGGAGAGAGGAGCCACAUGGGAAGAGACUGGUGAAAAGACUUUGUGGUCACGUCCCCACCUCAUGUACGAUUUGAAUUUCACAUUGAUUUCACAGAGCUCACAGUUCAGUUUGACGGGUUCAGCCGCUAUCAUUUGUUUCAUCGGUGCCAAGAUAAAAGACGUGAGCGCCACACCCACAACUGCCUCUGUGGGCCGGGGGAAAAAAAGACGGAACAACACAAACGUUAUGUUACUGUGCUUUUGUUACUCGAUUCUCCUUUGUUGUCAACAUUUGUCCUUUUGCAUCAUUUCAUGUUAAUGGUCUGAGACUGUAAAUAAAGAUUUUUUUAUUACA